GAGAAAUUGCAACGCUAGACAAUAUGAUAUAAGCUACUAAAUUAAGAAGAGUUUGGCAAUUGGCAUCCAACUCUUUAGUCAUGACAUUGAAACUAGGAACAGCAGUCUUAGCCUAUUUUCUACUUCCCAUCGCAGCUGGUGCAGCAGCUUCUGAUGAUGCUGGGUUCAUCUUUCAAGGAUUUCAACAAUCAAAUCUAAGCCUGGAUGGAUUAGCCACGGUAACCAACAAUGGCCUCCUACGAAUAACCAACACCACCAUAUCACAAACUGGGCACGCCUUCUAUCCUAAUCCUAUCAACUUCAAGAGCACAUCUAAUAGUUCAGCUUUCUCCUUUUCCACCCAAUUUGUGUUUGCUAUAGUACCCGAUCUCUCAGGCUUAACUGGUACCGGAAUGGCUUUCGUGAUUGCACCAACAAGAAACCUCACAAAAGUGCCUGACUCGCAGUUUAUCGGCCUCUUCGAUAACAGCACCAAUGGAAAUCAAACAAAUCACGUCUUUGCUGUGGAGCUUGACACUUACCAAAACCAAGAUUUUGGAGAUAUCAAUGACAACCAUGUCGGUAUUGAUAUUAACUCUGUGAUCUCCAAGGUAUCCAUGCCAGCGAGUUACAAAGCUAAUAACAAGGAUUCAUUUGAAAACUUAACUCUUAUCAGCGGUCAACAGAUGCAACUUUGGGUGGAAUACGAUGGGAUGGAUAGGAGAAUCGAUGUUACAUUAGCUCCAAUAGCUGCUGCCAAACCACAUACUCCUCUUCUGUCUUUGAGAUAUGAUCUUUCGCCAAUUUUAAAGCAAACCAUGUAUGUUGGCUUUUCUGCAGCCUCUAGUCCACUCGAAAUAGGAACAUCUCAUUUUAUACUUGGAUGGAGCUUCAAGAUGAAUGGUGUUGCACAAGCUAUUGAUCUCUCCCAGCUCCCCAAGCUUCCUCGGUUUGGACAUAAGAAAGUGUCUAAAUUUUUCACAGUGGGAUUGCCCCUGAUUUGCAUUACUUUUUUAUUAAUACUAAUAUCUGGAGUGGCUUAUUAUCUAAGGAGAAAGUGGAAGUUUGCAGAAGUGCUAGAAGAAUGGGAGCUAGCUUACGGACCUCACAGGUUCAAGUACAAAGAUUUAUACAUUGCCACCAAGGGGUUCAGAGAACAAGAGCUGUUGGGAGAAGGCGGAUUUGGCAGGGUCUACAAAGGCGUCAUGCCAACAAACAGGGUUGAAGUUGCUGUCAAGAAGGUCUCUCAUCAUGCAAGGCAGGGAAUGAGAGGAUUUAUUGCAGAAAUCAUCAGUAUAGGACGCUUGCACCAUAGAAAUUUAGUACCGCUCUUGGGUUAUUGCCGGCGUAAAGGAGAGUUACUUUUGGUAUAUGAAUUCAUGUCCAAUGGUAGUCUAGACAGAUUUCUGUUCAACCAACCAAAGCGUACUCUCAACUGGAACCAAAGAUUUCGAGUCAUCAAAGGUGUGGCGUCAGCAUUACUCCAUCUACACGAAGAAUGGGAGCAAGUAGUGAUCCACCGAGAUGUCAAAGCCAGUAAUGUAUUGUUAGAUGGUGACCUGAAUGGAAGAUUGGGAGAUUUCGGCCUGGCAAGGCUAUACGAUCAUGGAACUCUGCCUCAAACCACCCAUGUAGCGGGAUCUUUUGGGUACCUUGCCCCUGAGUAUAGUAGGACAGGGAGGGCCACAACGAAGACUGAUGUAUAUGCUUUUGGGGCCUUUUUGCUAGAGGUUGCAUGUGGGAGAAGGCCAAUAGAUCCCCGAGCAGUACCAGAAGAGAGUAUCAUUUUGGUUGAUUGGGUAUUUUUGUGCUGGAAAGAAGGGGAUAUUCUCCAAGCAGUUGAUCAAAAGCUGGGUGCUGAGUAUGUGAAAGAGGAAGCAGAAUUGGUGUUGAAACUAGGCUUGUUGUGCUCUCAUUCAGAACCAAAUCUUAGGCCAAGUAUGAGGCAAGUUCUAUUGUACUUGGACGGAUCAGUUGCCCUGCCAGAUUUAUCAUCACUGGCCAUGAGGGGUUCUACCGUUGGUUUUGACGUUUCCACAGACAAAUGUUUUUCACAUUCUGUUGCAGACUAUCUUCUCUCUGAUGGUCGGUAAUUAAGAUGCUUUUCUUUCUGAUUUAUUAAUUUUUUGUAAAAAAAGAGCUUCUACUCCUGUACUUAUUUUGUUUGGUGCAUUUUCUGGCAUAUCUGUUAUAUUUUUCCUCUGUUUCUACCCA